AGACCACAGUGCCACCCACGUCCACUGAAUCCUACUUCAAUACUAACAACAGGGCAAAGCACAGACCCUAAGGCAGUCAAAGGGGGAGGGCAAGAUGCACAACACACAACUCUCUUCUCCAACAGAAGGAAUGGUUGGGGAGCUCAGGAAGAAGAGCUAUGGGGCACCACUGCCUCCUCGCAUAAGCCUCCAGAAGCAGUCGCCUCACUCUGCCUAAUGACAGGACCAGCCCUGCUAGGUUCAAACAACCUACUUGGCGAUUAAGAAGCUCUUUGGGUGCAAGCCACUGUCUUGCCCACUGUAACCAAACUUGCAAAGUAGCUGUGAGGAUAAACUGAGGUGGCUCCAUUUAUGCUACCCUGAGCUGCUUGGAAGAAGGGCUGGUUGCAAAAGGAACAGAUGGCGGAAUUUCUCCCAGUGGAUAGCACGGCAAGGCCUGGCUUCUGUUCUGCCUUUCCAUGCCGCUGCUCCUUUGACUUCAUGUGGCUCCACUGUGCCUCGCAACUCGUCCAAUCCUGCGGUCUCGCUUCUUGAAGAUACGAAAAACAAACCUACUUUUCAUUCCAUAUAAACAUGGAGGCAACAUACAAUACACUAUUUCAUACUCUGCAGUUUGUUUUAAAGGCCUUAAGCUAUGGCGGAAGGGGGAGAAUCUCACAUGAUCACUGCUUAUGACGUGCAGAUGAUAUUUAAAGAGAAUCCAUAGAACUCCUUUGCCUUCCCACCCCCCAAGCAGAGUUCCUUUACUACUUGGACUUACUGUCUGCCCCAUCCAUUUUCUCUCCAUCUUCUGUUUUAACUUUGGUUUUUAUUGCGUUUCAAUAUGCUGGUCUCGAGCCUGUCUUAGCAUUUACAACACAUUGCAAGAGAGAUGAAUUUCUGGUACAAAGUUUGCAGCUGCUGUUGCCAUAUAGAAGAAGAACUGGAGAAGAAUCCAUUGGUGGUUGGCGACACACUUCAGUAUUUCAACAAGUUGCAGAAACGACGGGAAUUAGAGGCUGUCAACUUGUGGAAUGAACCAGUGGACAAGACUCACGUGGAACGGGAUGAUGAUCAUAAACUCCACAUGUUGCUGGAGAAAAGGUCAAAAACGCACCGGGGAUCAGAGGAAUACCGACGCUUGAGCUUUGACAUCAUCGCUCACCGGCAGAUCCGUCGGAAGAUGAAGGACCGAUGGAAGCAAAUCCUAGAAGUCUUGGGGUUCAAGGCUGAAGCAGAUGGGCUCCUCACUGUCACGUCCAGCACCUCAUAUGAAUCCCUUCGCAAUCCUCAAGAGGCCCGCAGGAUCCACACUGCCCUGGCCGAGCAGACAACCAUUUUUGGCUGGCAUCGUGGUGGUCCACCCGAGAGAUACCUCUUUGUCAUUGACAGGCUGCUUCUCCUUGAUGUGGGAGAUGAAUUCCUGUCAGCGGCUCGGCACUUCUACCCCGUGGAGGACGAAGAGGACGAUGGCUCUUCCAGCGAUGGAGGACCUACAACACCUGGUCCUGUCUUGGUCACAAUGAGCAACGAAGCUCAGGAAGAGAUGGAGGAGGGCGUAGACGGGGAAUAAGCCAAGGAGAAGGCGGAAGUGAGGCAGACACUGAAGAAAGUGCGAAGAGGCGGAUGCAACUCAACCUAUGGAUGGAAGAACGAAUGUAUUCAGAGUAGACUACUGAACCACAAACCUGUUGGAGACUCCCUUUGA